AUGUCAACAAGCGUGGAGGGUCCUGAGGGUCAAAUCCAUGUGGAGGAUCUGAAUUUGAACUGCAAUGAAUACGACACGUUUGUUAUCGUUUCAUCGGUUUUGUUUGUUUUGUAUCUCGCUGUGAAAGCCAAGAAGAAUGUCAACAGCCUCUAUAAUGGAGGUUCUUGUAUCAUAAUUUCCUAUUAUGCCCUUCUCUGGUUUGUUACCCUUUUGAACCUUGCUCGGUCUGUUCUUCGGGCAUGGCAGUGCACUACUGGAAAGGAGGUUGCUUGGAAUAUGUUGUCGUUGUUUACGGCAUCAGGUAUGUUGUAUCUAGAGAUAAGCUUGAUGGCUUUCUUACUGAACAAUGGCUACAUGAAUGUCAUGGAAACUCUAGCGCACACUUCAACUGUAUCAGGAAUUAUUGUCUGUGUGGAUACCCUUCUUAAGGCAAUAUAUGUUUUCGGAUUCGGUGUUCCUUUGUUCAAUCGAACCGUUGGAAGCACUCAUACGUUCCUGUGGGGUUUGUGGAUAAUACAUAAGUUACUGCUUGCUGCAGCAUAUGGCUUCAUUUUAUUUGUACAGUUCUAUAAAUGGAGAGAAAAACUGCCCCCCAAGCCAACUAUCUACAACUACGUUGUUGUAAUGUUUAUAUUCAAUGCAAUUACUCUCUUUGCUUGUGGGCUGGCAGGAAUUGGUGCUGGCCUUGGCAAUUGGUUGUAUGAUUUUACUGUGCUGUGUUACCACGCUCUAUAUCUUCCGUUUCUUUAUGUAACUUUUCUGGCAGAUUUUUUUCGAGAGGAAGACUUCCUUUUGGAUAAUGCGUAUUAUUCUGAGAUGAAAGAUGCUGGAUUCUUUGAUGCUGAUUGGGAAUAA